AUGCAACAUUUUCCCCGUCAGACCUCUGGAACUUCCUCUUCACCCCCUACGACACCCACAGAUGCUGGACCAUCUUCAAAUUCUACUUCGGUCAACGUAGCACAGAACAGUACCUCCAUAUCUAUACCAAGUACCAGCCGCACACUUCCAAGUUCCACUCUAACGAGUUUACCACCAUCAGUGACGAGUUCUCCCCCUCCAACGUCUGCUCCAGCAUCUUCAACUACAUCAGAUUCAUCUACUAGUUUACCAAUCUCUAAUUCAACUUCCCUCGAUGCUUCUCCGUCCGAUACACCGUCGUUGUUAGCCGAGAGUACUUCUCAGCCAGCCUCGGUUUCCUCAACACAGCCGUUAGAGAACAUCACAACUAUUGUUACUUCAAUCAAUGGCCAGAUCACUACAUUUACUUCACUACUCCCGACGUCUCUCGUGAAUGCCACUCCCAAUAAUGACUCAGGAAGUUCGUCACGGACAGCUGUUAUCGCCGGAGCGACCGCAGGGGUGAUCGUCCUUCUCUGCCUUGCUCUUUCAUCUGUCUUCGCGUACCGGCGGCAUCGCCUCCGUCAAAUUCUCGCGCUUACAAAUCAGAAAAAGGAGGGGAAAGGCUUGCUGGAUGGGGAGGAGUUCGACGAAGAUGAUGCCAGUAUUCCAAUACGAUGGCAAGGUCGCAACGGUUCUCCAGCGCCAAGUCUGAUAAGGUCGCGGGUUUCGGACACUGGGUCUAUCUUCAGGGAGGAAGUGUGGCCACCACCUGGAUUUGUGGACCCCAUUAAACAAGGGAGCAGUCAAGUCACACUUUCCCAUAUCGUGGACGAUGUCAUGGGGCCAACCCAGUCUCGUUCAACUUCGCGACUGGAACAACAAGAUCCAGCCUCUAGUACGAGCGACCUUUCUCAUGGCCACCAGCGGGAUACAUCUACGACUGGUCUUCUACCACGCUCAUCGUCGCCUUUGGACGACCCUUUCAAUCCAAAUCACAAUGUACAAUCAGUGUACUACUCCCCCGUACUUCCUCCAGGUGCAUUACCACCGUCGAUGCCUGGCCAAAUAUCAUAUCCCCCUUCGCCUCCUCGAAGCGGUGGAAAUGACACAAUACCUCGCAUUAUGGAAACUCCGCCCACACCAGGGCCUGGACCUGGUUCCUUUGAACAACAUCAACGUAAUAACAGCAAUGGCUCCCAGCCAAGGAAGUCGAGUCCUUUAACACGUCCGCUCUCAGGAGAUCUAUGGUUAAACCGCAGUCCAUAUCCUCCAUAA